AUGGACACGGCGAACACGUUGAGCUCAGACGUCACAGACUCCAGUAAAAAAGUAAGUUAUUUGAUUGAGAAGUAUGCAGAUGUAGGAUUUGGUCAACCUCGGAAAUUCUCUAAGGAGCCACAGUCUCAAGUCUGCGUGUCCUCCUCGGUAGUGCGUAGUUUUGGAAACGUCGCCACUUUGUGCGCUGCGCCUUCUGGCUCAAGCAACAACAGUGCCAUGUUCAAAGACUGUACUGCCAGAGAUAACGCCUCACUUAUCAAUAAAGCUUAUUAUGACCGCUCUGACCCUGUGCGGUGGACAGAGGUGUGUGGUAUAGAUGGAGUAAAGGAGUCCAUGUUACCGCGGCCGGCACCAACAGUAACUCAUGACAGUUUGCAGAGAACCGCUACGAACAUGAUAACGACACGCAGUUCAACCACAGCCACCGGAGUUUGUAGGAUCAUCAAAGAUGAAAAAGAGCCUUCACUAAUCAUGGAAACACCGUGUCCCGAUUUUGAACAAACGGCCAACAUCCCUACCCUCGAGACCUGUUAUGACAGCGAGAGGAAACAACAACAAUUGGGUUUUAUGGAUAAUUCUGCAGCGUCUUUCCCGACCUCCGCGCCUGGACAACAACACCACCAACAAUUACUAUUGGACUGUUCUCCGAACUUUCUAGUCGACUUGAAUCAGAACGACCAGAUGUCGACGGUUCCCCAGAUCCGUACAGACUCACGGGGUGUUCCGUUUCCUACUCAUCCCGGUAAGGGCAUGCUGAGUUUUGACGUAAUGAGCAGUAACGGACAGGGUCCACAACAGCAUUUGAUGGUUUAUAAGAGUGAAAUGCCCAGAUGGUCCAUUCAGACCUCUCCUACUCAUUCCCCGUUCUGGUGCCAGUCCAGCGGGGUCUCCGAGGAUCAGUACCCACACCAUGGCUACUCCUCUCCGGAUGGAAUUCACACCUCAGCCCUGCUCCAGAGGUCCCCGACCUAUACAGGAUAUGGCGGUGUUCCACCCCAGAGACUAUGUAUGAUCUGUGGGGAUGAAGCCUCAGGGUGUCACUACGGGGUCCUCACAUGUGGAAGCUGCAAAGUGUUCUUUAAACGAGCGGUUGAAGGACAUCAUAACUAUCUCUGUGCCGGUCGAAAUGACUGCAUUGUGGAUAAGAUACGGAGAAAGAAUUGCCCUGCGUGUCGCCUGAGGAAGUGCUACCAGGCUGGGAUGAUGCUCGGAGGGCGGAAGCUGAAGCGUUUCGGGGCCCUGAAGGCAGGUCUGGCACCAGCCUUGAUGUUCCAGGGGCCCUUAUCAGCCCUAGGGGAUGGUCUGGCCCCAGCCUUGAUGUUCCAGGGGCCCUUGUCAGCCCUGGGGGAUGGUCAGGCCCUGGCCUCUCUACCCUGCAUGCCUGGCCUCAACGAGCUGCAGCUCUCCCCUCAGAUCAUCAGCAUUUUGGAGAGCAUUGAGCCUGAGGUGGUGUACUCUGGCUAUGACAACUCCCAGCCUGACAUGCCACACCUCCUCCUCAACAGUCUCAACAGACUGUGUGAUAGACAGCUGUUGUGGAUCGUCCGGUGGUCCAAGUCCCUGCCAGGGUUCCGUAGCCUCCACAUCAACGAUCAGAUGACACUCAUCCAGUACUCCUGGAUGAACCUGAUGGUGUUCUCUCUGGGUUGGAGAUCUUUCCAGAAUGUCACCAGUGAAUACUUAUACUUCGCUCCUGAUCUUAUCCUUAGCCAGGAUCGUAUGAGGAGAUCUCCCAUUUAUGAUCUGUGUCUGGCCAUGCAGUUCAUCCCUCAGGAGUUCACCAGCCUCCAAGUCACCAAAGAGGAGUUCCUCUGUAUGAAAGCCAUCAUGAUUCUCAACACUGUUCCAUUGGAGGGUUUAAAGAGCCAGGCCCAGUUUGAGGAGAUGAGACAGAACUACAUUCGGGAGCUGACCAAGGCUAUCCAUCUGAAGGAGAGAGGCAUGCUGGCCUCCUCUCAACGCUUCUAUCAUCUCACCAAGCUCAUGGAUGCCAUGCAUGAGAUUGUGAAGAAAGUGAACCUAUACUGUCUUAGUACCUACAUCCAGGCUGACGCUAUGAAGGUUGAGUUCCCUGAAAUGAUGUCAGAGGUCAUCUCUUCCCAGCUCCCCAAGGUCCUGGCCGGCAUGGUCAAGACCCUCCUCUUCCACGCCAAGUGA